AAUCGAACAUUUCUCGGAUAAGAUUCGGUGAAAACGAGAGUUGAACAGGAACUUGGUCGGAAGUUUCUCGAGUAUCGAUCGGUGUUGGCAGUUCGUCAACUUUUAGCCUAAAGAAGCAACGAUCAAUUUGGAUUAAAUUUUAAACCAUGUCUCUAUACACCAUCGUGGGGAUUAUUGUUUGCAUUCUGCUUGUCAACUUCACAGAGAAAGAAUUUACAGAGGCCAGGAUACGAUCGGAGAGGUUCCACGUUCGCCAUCAGGGUAUUUAUCGACAACUCCGAAGGAUACGUCAUCUAAUCGAGUCUAGUAAUCAAUGGAGGUCAAAGAAUUUGUCGAAAAUCAACGACGACGGGGCCGUAUGGAUGAAUUCGAUAGCUGCGCAACGAAAACGACGCAAUUUGGAAAUAAUAAACGAUGGUUUCGUGGUGGAAGUGAGCAGGUUGCAAAAUGCAUCGAUCUGCAAUUACACGAUUGAACCAGUCGGGGAGAUAUUUGGCAGCCGGGUGCUGAGCAAUCUACAUCACAUCAAGUGCAAUCCAACCGAUCUUGGUAACAGGUGUCAGAGUAAUACGCCUCAUUGUUGUAUACAGACCUAUGAAAUAAUAGACCUGCCCAUCCCCAAUAAUGCGAAUGAACCAGUGACGAUUUAUACCGGAUGCGUAUGUGCGCACCUUCAUACGAUUAAAGCGAAGAAUUUUAAAAUGAAAGGACUGGAUUACUAAUGAUCAUAAAUCUUAAUGAAGAAAUGAUAUCGACAACGUUGAAUUAGAUAGAAGUAUCAGUUAGCGGUUUGUAUAGGUGAUAAUCUCACUAUCCUAACAUUCAUUAGUGAUAAGGUUAAUAUUCAGUGGUUUGAAAUUUGCGUUUAGGAUACCGUGUAGAAUAGUUACUGUAUACUCGUAGUUACUAACUCUGUGUUAAUUCAACACACGUUAAGUGCCUUGUUAGAUAUUAAGAACGCAAUAUUGUUGUUUCGUUUUCUCGGUCCAGACCAUUCCGGUAAUUAUUCGAUCUAUAUUAAGUAUGUAAAUGGCUAGUUUUUCUUAUCAAGUAAUGUAGCUUGAUAACUAUCUGAGAUAAUAUAAUGAUCAAAGUCAUGAAGCCAAUUACAAUUGUAGAUCCGUAAAUAAACUUGGAAUGUUUAGUGACGUCCGGAUACGGAGAAUCUUGAUUUGCUCAAUACUCGUUGUUCCAGGGACAAGCGUGUCCUUGUAAUAUUAUGUAAUAAGAUAUUAUCUUUGAUUAUUUAUAGAAUGCAAUCGGUUCUGUUGCCAAACAAUGUGAUAGACGCGUCAUGCGGUUAUUUUUUAUACGACUAUUAUUUAUACUAUUUAUUCUUCUUUUAUUUAUCCUUUGUACGUUAUGAGAUAUUGUAAUUGUAAGCAUUAUAAUUGUCAUAAUUUUUUAUCGAACAAAACAACCUUCAAUCUUUCUACGAUGUAUCGAUAAUACACACGAACUAUUAACAUAUUUAUACUACGA